ACCUCGAAAUGAGCUCUCUGGAGAGGCGGAGAAAUCACCGUAGCUGAAUAAACUCCCGGCGAGGACAGAUAACGCCAUUUCAGGGACUGUUUUGGAAAGCAGAAAUGAUUUCUGCAGCGAAACGAUCAGCGGAAUCAACCGAUCCAGCCCACUUCAGGCCCAAACGAUGCUCUCAUACUACAGUUCUAAAUUGAGGAGAAAAUGUCACUUUACGAUGACUUGGGAGUUGAGACCAGCGAUUCCAAAACAGAAGGCUGGUCCAAAAAUUUCAAACUACUGCAGUCUCAACUGCAGGUGAAGAAAGCAGCUCUUACACAAGCAAAGAGUCAGAGAACAAAACAAACAACAGUCCUUGCACCAGUGAUUGACCUGAAACGAGGCAGCUCUUCUGAUGAGAGACAGAUUGUGGACACGCCACCUCAUGUAGCAGCUGGGUUAAAGGAUCCUGUACCUAGUGGCUUUUCUGCAGGAGAUGUGUUGAUUCCUUUGGCGGAUGAAUAUGAUCCCAUGUUUCCAAAUGAUUAUGAGAAAGUGGUAAAACGUCAAAGAGAGGAACGACAGAGGCAGCGUGAACUGGAGAGGCAAAAGGAGAUUGAAGAAAGAGAAAAAAGACGUAAAGACAGACAUGAAGCCAGUGGGUUUUCGAGAAGACCAGAUCCAGAUUCUGAUGAAGAUGAAGAUUAUGAAAGGGAGAGAAGAAAAAGAAGUAUGGGAGGAGCUGCUAUAGCACCACCAACAUCUCUUGUUGAGAAGGACAAAGAACCUGUAGCAUCCUUUCCAUUUGAAGAAGAGUCAAGACCUCGGGCACCAUCCUCUAAAGCAGCUAUUCCUCCUCCGGUGUAUGAUGAGCCAGAAAGACCUCGUUCCCCCACAGGACCUAGUAACUCUUUCCUUGCUAACAUGGGAGGGACAGUAGCUCAUAAAAUCAUGCAGAAGUAUGGUUUCAGAGAGGGCCAGGGUCUGGGGAAGCAUGAGCAGGGACUGAGCACAGCACUGUCAGUAGAGAAAACAAGCAAGAGAGGUGGCAAGAUCAUUGUUGGUGAUGCUGCAGAUAAAGUAGAUGCAGCCAAGAAAACAGAUUCUAACCCGUUAACUGAGAUACUGAAAUGUCCAACUAAAGUGGUCUUAUUAAGGAACAUGGUAGGUGCUGGGGAGGUAGACGAAGAUCUGGAAGUUGAAACUAAGGAAGAAUGUGAAAAAUAUGGCAAGGUUGGGAAAUGUGUCAUCUUUGAGAUUCCUGGUGCACCUGAUGAUGAAGCUGUAAGAAUAUUUUUAGAGUUUGAACGGGUUGAAUCUGCUAUCAAAGCUGUGGUGGAUCUAAAUGGAAGGUACUUUGGUGGCCGAGUGGUGAAGGCUUGUUUCUACAACCUGGACAAGUUCAGAGUAUUGGAUCUGGCAGAGCAAGUGUGAUUUUUAAAAUCUAGCUCGAGGUGUCACUGUUUUGGCAAUCAUGUUUUCAGCAGUAGGCUGGGAAUAAAGAAGAGAAACGUAGCUUUCCUAGCAAACUGGAAACAAGCCUCAUUGAAUGGAUUUUUCGCAUUCGUUGUGACUUACACUUUUGUAAUAUAAAGCCCUUUGAAAGUAAAAUUCACGUCUGUGUGUUUUUGAAUUGCACAAUUCUGCUUAUUGCUCUGGGAAUCCUGAUUUUUUUGGAGCUUUCAAAGGACUUCGUUCUUUUGAAACCCACUGCUGAGGAGAUGCUUUGUCUGUAUUCCUGCUUUCCUUGUUCUGGUGCUUCAUCAUGGAGUCCGCUGUGCUGCAUCCACAAUAAGUGGGAAGCUUUGGAAAAGGACUGUGUGCUAUCAUGCCUCUCUUUCCUGACGAUAUCUCCCAGAAUUCCAGCCUUGCUCGUAAGUCCUCAGUCUCUGCACUCCAGAGUGAUUUGGGGUCACUGGACGAUUGGCAGCUAGUUUAUUCUCUCCUGACUCCAGGACAAUGCUUUCCAUACCAGAAUUGGAGAGUAAAGUAACAAGGAAUGAGCCUGAGUUUCUUCCCGUAUCCAAAGAAAAUACACGCUUAACCCAGGGAAAUGGAAGGAGUUUUAAAUGCCUAGCCAUGUAAAUCGGAAUGAGUGGACUGUCAGCAGAAGCUCUACGCUGUCAGACAGUCUUAGCUAGAAAUAUCAAGGGUUAUCUGAUUUCAGGUCAGUACUGAAGUGCUAUAGGUAGAGCUGAGGGACACUCAUUCUUGCAUCUGGCUGACUGUGUGAUUCUCACUUCCUCUAACAUCGCACUUAGUUACCUAACUUUUUAAUUGAGUCAAACCUGGCAUGUGCGCUCUCUCUAUAUUUCUGUAUUUGCAGUCAAGUAACACUGCAGGGUGACUCUAAGAAGGCAGGCCAGUUGGAGUUUUCAAAAUGAUAGGCAAUGGAAGAAAAUUCAAAUGAAAAUCUGAAGAGUUGACCAACUAAACACUCCAACUCUUCUCUUUUUUUCCCUGUCUGAUAUGAAAUAAUAUAUGGCACUCUGUUCCUGGUCUUAUGUUCAGUUUUUGUUUGGAAACAGUAUGUGACCAAGAGCUGGCAAGAGGUGGCCAUGCAAUGAUGGCAGUUGUCUCUGUGCUCCGUGAUACUUUGAAUGGCCGCUGAAAUUGUACAAAUAUUAAAAUGGAAGAGAGCUUUGAGGGCAUUUUAGCUGGUUGGAAGUUGAUGCUGGCUGUCUUUUUCCUGUUGUACACAUGUAUUGGGGGGUGGGGUAUAGACCUGUAGUUGAUCAAUGCUGUGAGUAUCUCCAGUUCUUGCCCUUUUUUAACUUUUGGCUGCAGAUCUAUAUGACAAAUUCUUGGUCUUUUUUAUUUUGUCUGCUUGUGUUCCAACAACCUCUGUACAAACAUUCGCUUGUAAAACAAAACAAUUUUUAAA